AUGUCACAACGUAAUCCAGAACACCACCUCCACAGGGUCGGCAACUGGAUGCCAGCUGAUCAUGCAGCCCACAAAGAAUGGCUCGGAGGAAUAAUCAAGAAAGUCGACGACGGCGAGGAGCAGCCUCUCCACCCAGUCCUAAAGGAAUUCAAAGAACUCAUCGAAUCCAACACACGCAUAUACAUGCUCUUGAGCUCCAUGUUCAACGAAGUCCCACGCAACAAGCGAUACGGCCACGACCCAACAGGCAAUCCCGAAAUCCGCGACUAUUCCCAUUUCCUAUAUGUCAUCAACCACCUCCUCACCACCGCGCCUUCCUGGACCGACAAGGCCCACCGCGUCGGUCUAGUCGGGUUACCCAUCAAUGCCGUCCUCGACUGGCCAAUGGGUACACCCAGCGGCUAUGCGGCCUUCCUAGAUCCCGACAUCAACGCGAUGAUCAAGAAGAUCUUGAAUGCGUGGGGCGAGUUCCUGCGCUCUCCCGCCUCCGCUGAGGUGCUGAAUGACAGCGCUCACGGGUGGUUCGGUAAAACCGGCCGCCGGGAUCUGACAGCCGUUGCGAAGAUCGGUGUGCUGGCCGCGACGGAUUUGCAGUUCCACGAUAUGUACGAUUGUGACCCGUCUGCGCCAAAUCACGGAUACAAGUCGUGGGAUCAUUUCUUUACCCGCACGCUCAAGGAGGGAAUACGGCCUGUUGAAGACCCGGAUGACGGGAAGGUUAUCGCUAACGCGUGCGAGUCGCAGCCGUAUCGGAUUACCCGCCAUGCUCGUGCGCGUGAUAAGUUCUGGAUUAAGAGUCAGCCGUACUCUGUGCUUGACAUGCUGGGUCAUGAUCCUCUUGCGUCGCAGUUUGUUGGCGGCACGGUUUAUCAGGCGUUCCUUAGUGCGUUGAGCUACCACCGUUGGCAUUCGCCUGUUAGCGGGAAGGUCGUCAAGGCUUACGUUGUUGAUGGCACGUACUAUUCUGAACCGCUGUUUGAAGGCGUCGGGAACCCAAAGGCCGAGCAGAAGGACAUUGAUAUGGCGGGUCAGGUUACUUCGCAGGGAUAUAUUACUUCGACUGCGACGCGGGCGCUUAUUUUCAUUGAAGCGGAUGAGCCAGCGAUUGGGUUGGUGGCAUUCAUUGGAGUUGGUAUGGCAGAGGUCUCGACUUGUGAUAUCACCGUGAAGGAGGGGGAUAGACUGAAGAAGGGAGAUGAAAUUGGUAUGUUCCAUUUUGGCGGUUCGACACAUUGUCUCCUUUUCCGGAAGGGGGUCCAUGUGUCCGGGUUCCCAGAGCCUGGGAUGAAAGAGAACAAGCCUGUCCGAAGCAAACUGGCAGUUGUCUUGUGA